UUGUCAGCGAGGCAUCCAACUUCGACCAUGCCGCCAACAUCCCUUUGAACAUGGCAUUGCGCACUGCGCAAAACAUGAUCAGCCAAGCCGCCAACUACGAGCGCGAUGGCAACCUCCAAGACGCCUACCUGUUCCUGUACCGCCAUGCCGACUUCUUCUUUACGCAUAUUUCGAAACACCCGGAUGCAAAGAAGCAGGAGUACAAGCCGCAGAUGGCUCGCGCCCGCGACGACGUCAAGGCCGAUCUGUCGCGCAUGGAAGCCUUGAAGCCUGACAUCACGACCCGCUGGAACAAGUACCAGGAUGCUGUCAAGAGGAGAGAUGCUAUACGCACACAACAACCUGCUGGUAGCACGCAAUCUGGCACCCCACCUCCACCACAAGAGUCGCUUGUUCUGAGUGCAGGCGAACACAAGGAUAUUGCACUGCAACUGGCCAACCGCGAACUCAGAAGACGGAGGAAGGACCCGCGCGACGACAAUGCUGUCAUGGAUGACUUGAGUCGAGGCAUUCAAGACUUGGGUCGACGGAUCGAUGCUCCUCGCCAAUCUUCACACUCUCGCUCCACCUCACAAGUCUCAGCGGCAUACCAUUACCCUGCAGUCCCAUCAGGACAUGGUUCUGUUCAAUCACCAUCCGCGCCUUUCGCGCCCAGUCGACCACCGAAGAGCGACCUCCCUACCUAUGGUGUUCCUCCGCCUCUGCCUUCCAAGCCAGAUCAUUCUUUCACCUCUCCUCCUCCGCUACCCUCGAAAUCCAGCGGCCCAGCACCACCUCCAAAACAAGACCUCUCAUCCACCCAGAACUACCAAUUCCAACCAGCCGCAUACACCGAAAACGGCACUCCUCUACGCACACUCUUCCUCCCCACCGCCCUCCGCACCUCCUUCACCACCCUCGCUCAAUCAAACACCACCGCCAACCUCGAAACCUGCGGUAUCCUCUGCGGCACCCUGAUUUCCUCCGCCCUCUUCAUCUCGCACCUCGUCAUCCCGGACCAGACUUCCACUUCUGAUACCUGCGAAACAACCGAGUUGGGAGAAACAGAAUUAUUCGAUUACGUGGAUAACGAGGGCUUGAUGGUGUGUGGCUGGAUACACACACAUCCUUCCCAGACCUGUUUUUUGAGCAGUAGGGAUCUGCAUACUUCUGUGGGAUAUCAAGUCAUGCUUCCCGAGAGUGUGGCCAUCGUGUGUGCGCCCAGCAAGAGUCCCGAUCAUGGUAUUUUCCGUCUCACGGAUCCACCCGGUAAAGAAGCCAUCUUGAACUGCCAUAAGACUGGCUUGUUCCAUCCUCAUGAUGAAGGAAAUUUGUACACUGAUGCUUUGAGACCGGGACAUGUUUCUGAAUUGGCUGGAUUGCAGUUUCAAGUUGUGGAUUUGAGGAGGGAUAAAAAGUAGAUUGAAUAGUAUAAAACAAGUUUUUGAUCGCCUAGGGCAGUAAUAUACUGUAUAGGAGAAUGACUUUCACACUGGACUAGCUUUGUCCAAAAGUACCUCUACUUGACGUAAUGUCCCGGCAAACUCUUCCCUCAAAACAUCAUAACAGCCACUGGUUCAAGACUGCACGAUAUUGACGAAGAAGAGGAAUUGUACCGAAUAUCCCUCUCAUCC